CAGAAAGGCGGGGCUUAUCUUGCCUCCAGGCCCUGGGCGGCCCCAGGGUGCGUCAGCAUGGGGAAGAGUGUUCAUGUAACACUGCAGGCUGAGCGAAGGGAGUGGGAUGGGCCGGGUGUCGGUAUAGGGGCGCUCGGAAGGGACGAAUAUCGCUGUGACACUGCGGGGACGCUUUGAGGGGACCGGAGUCGGUGUGGCACCAGUGCACGCUGAAGAAGCCGGCGGAGCCGGGUGGCCAUGGGGAUGUGGGCGUCGCUGGACGCUAUGUGGGAGAUGCCCGCCGAGAAGCGUAUCUUCGGGGCUGUGCUGCUCUUCUCCUGGACAGUGUAUCUUUGGGAGACCUUCCUAGCACAGCGGCAGAGACGGAUAUAUAAAACAACAACUCAUGUACCACUGGAGUUAGGACAGAUCAUGGAUUCAGAAACAUUUGAGAAAUCUCGACUGUAUCAGCUGGAUAAAAGUACUUUCAGCUUCUGGUCAGGACUCUAUUCAGAGAUUGAAGGCACUCUUAUUCUUCUCUUUGGAGGAAUCCCUUAUCUCUGGAGACUCUCUGGGCGAUUCUGUGGCUAUGCUGGCUUUGGACCAGAAUAUGAGAUCACUCAGUCUUUGGUGUUUUUGCUGUUGGCUACACUUUUCAGUGCGUUGACUGGUUUGCCAUGGAGUCUUUAUAAUACUUUUGUGAUAGAAGAAAAACAUGGUUUCAAUCAACAGACUUUGGGAUUCUUCAUGAAAGAUGCAAUCAAGAAAUUUAUUGUGACUCAGUGCAUUUUAUUACCUGUGUCUUCACUUCUACUUUACAUUAUUAAAAUUGGGGGUGACUAUUUUUUUAUUUAUGCCUGGCUGUUCACAUUAGUUGUAUCUCUGGUGCUUGUCACCAUCUAUGCUGAUUACAUUGCUCCUUUAUUUGACAAAUUCACACCUCUGCCUGAGGGGAAGCUUAAACAAGAAAUUGAAAUCAUGGCAAAGAGUAUUGACUUCCCUUUGACUAAGGUGUAUGUUGUUGAAGGAUCUAAACGCUCUUCCCACAGCAAUGCUUAUUUUUAUGGCUUCUUCAAGAACAAGCGAAUAGUUUUGUUUGACACUCUACUAGAAGAGUAUUCUGUAUUAAACAAAGACAUCCAGGAGGAGUCUGGCAUGGAACCCCGCAAUGAUGGAGAAGGGGACAGUGAAGAAAUAAAAGCUAAAGUUAAAAAUAAGAAGCAAGGAUGUAAAAAUGAGGAGGUGCUUGCUGUACUAGGCCAUGAACUGGGGCACUGGAAGUUGGGACACACGGUCAAAAAUAUUGUUAUUAGCCAGGUGAAUUCUUUCCUGUGUUUUUUCUUGUUUGCUGUAUUAAUUGGUCGAAAGGAGCUUUUUGUUGCAUUUGGUUUUUAUGACAGCCAACCUACUCUAAUUGGACUAUUGAUCAUCUUCCAGUUUAUUUUUUCACCUUAUAAUGAGGUUCUUUCUUUUUGCCUAACCGUCCUAAGCCGCAGAUUUGAGUUUCAAGCUGAUGCAUUUGCCAAGAAACUUGGGAAGGCUAAAGACUUAUAUUCUGCUUUAAUCAAACUAAACAAAGAUAACUUGGGAUUCCCUGUUUCUGACUGGUUGUUUUCCAUGUGGCAUUAUUCUCAUCCUCCACUACUAGAGAGACUUCAAGCUUUGAAAAAUUCAAAACAAGACUGAGUUGCCCAGGGUCUGCGACUGAAGACGUUUCUGAUUAUUUCUGUCCUGGCAGCAUGUUCUGGCUCUUGAUGUUUUUAAACAUUUUUUUUUUUUAAAGAAAAAUUAUUAAGUACAGACAAGCCAAGAUUUAAAUGCAUUUAAUAUCUCAUUUCAAAAAUGAUUUUAAUAAUCCAUUUCUUGAAGAAAACACUGGAUAAAUUUUGAGGCUUACAGUUUUUAAAGGCAUAGUUUUAUCUUUAAAAUUUAGUUUACCAUCAACUUGUAAAAUUAUUUGAGAAAGUACAGAAGUUUUAUUUUUGUGCUUAUGUGGAACCUCCAUAUAACGUGUUUGGGGGCUUAUGUUUAAAAGGGAACACCACCUCUGAAUCCUCCCUGUAAGGCAGAAACAGUGAUCCUGAAUCACUGUGCUCAUACCUAAGUCGAGACUUAUUUUUACUUUCAUGCUGUUAUGAUUUAAGCUGGCCAAUCAGUGUUUUACAUAAGGAAGAAAGGCAGUAACUGGUAAGGCUGCUGUUGUGUAAAUGAAAGUAGUUAGAAAUACGCUGUCUACUGUUCUACCAGAUUUCUCUGUUCCCCCUGUGGCUAUACACUGAUCAGGAGUUUCUAAUAGUGCUUUGAAAUUAGAAAUUAUGUACAGAAUGUUUUAAAUCAUUGGAUUUUGUUUUUAAGGAAGUCUCGGUCUUUAUCUUUCUUUCCACCUGGUAGGUAUCAUCCCUUUAGGGGUAAACUCGUAUUUUUCCAAGCAUUCAGCUUUUUCUCACUCACACUCUUGUAUUGAAUGAAUAGUGCAUCCUUUUACUUAGCAGAAAUUGCCAUAUUGAACAGGUUUUGCUAUUUUUAAUGUGGGAGAAUGUGGAAAGAAGAAGAAAUGGCAUUUUUAAGAGACAGAAGUGUGAAAUACUGAUGAUUCUCUUAUGGUGUUAUAGGAAAAAUAUAUAAUUUUCUAUAUCUUUCAAGGACAGAAGAGUUUCAAUUUUUAUUUUUCUAAUUUUUAUCAGUAAGUCAUAAAUACUGUUUAAUCAGGCCUGAUUCCAUUUGAGAAAAUUAUAGUUCUUGAUAUACAGAAAAUUUUUAUUUUCGAAACAAAUGUCAUGAAAAAUUUCCAGUUUUCAAAGCUGCGUGUUUGACUACUUCACAUCUCUGUCCACUUUCUGAGUGAGGCCUGAGCUUGUGCCUAGGGCUUCUACCCAUGGCGAUGUGUACCUGCUGGGCAUUUAUUCCAAAGUGGGAUCAACUGUGCAUGCUUGGUAUCUGGCCAGAAAGUCUUUUGCUCAGCUGAUAUUUGGGUGAUGUCUUUCCAUGGAACUAUAACAAAAAUAAAGAUUUAGUUUAGUACUGCAUUAUUUAUUUUCCUAAGGCUAAAGAGGAACAGACCCUUGAUUUUAUCCAGCAUCUUUUAUCUGUGAAUUCAUGCUGUGAUAACUGCCUUUCCUUCCUUCUGUGCCUUUAAAUAUAAACUUCAGUUCUGCACAAGUGAAACAUUAAAAAUUGCCAAUGCAGAUGGA